GGAAUGACAUAAGGUGUUUAGAUGUUGCAUUAGGUAAGCCGUUUCGGACGUUCGAACGGCGACGUUAGCGUCCGUUCGACGUCCGAACGGCUACGUUAGGAUCCGUACGUAUACGUUAAGAUCGACGACGUUCGAUCACGUUCUUAGAAUAAACGAGAGGUUUUUGAGUUGAAGUCUUUGUGUACGGACGUCUUUUUUGUGUGCUCUGUGUCCUCUUCUUUUCUUGUCUUGCUCUUACUUUACACCGUGUACUCGGAGGCGGAAAUCCCACGACGAUCAACAACGAACCCCUUACAUUUGGCGACGAGGAUGGGAUUUGGGAUUUAUCGCCGAGAACCUGAGAACACCAAACAUCGUGAGGACAGCGGAGGACCGAAGGUUAGAGAAACACAUUCAUGCAUUGCCUGCCUGACCGCUUAGUGAAAUUUGCUUUAGGAUUUUAGUGGGAAUUGAAGUGAGUCCGUGUAGAGCCAGGGUCGAAGUUAGUGAAUAGAAGUUGUUAGGUUUUAUCUUUAACAAUGGCAGAAGGACAGGAGGGGGCACACGCCACCACGGUUAUGUACGUACCAUUCGAAAGAAAGUGGACAAAGUUUUCUGGGUCUCCUACGGGCCCCGUCGUAGAGGAAUGGCUGGACGAAAUGGAAAGUGCUUUCUUGCUAUAUAACACACCAGAGGCGCAGCAAGCAGGGUUACUGUAUAGGAAUCUCGAGGGGCAGGCCAAGCGCCAGAUAGCUGUGUUGUCGACUGACGACCAAAAAGAUAAGACGAAAGUGAGCGAUGUUCUGAAAGCAACAUUUGGGGACACUGCCCCGGUGUCAGCAAUCAUGGGUAUGUUCUAUGCUAGGGAACAAGAGAGAGGAGAAUCCAUAACUGUAUACGCGCUAAGCUUACAGGAACUCCUAAAAAGAGCAGCCAGGAGGCGGGGAAAUUCGUUAGCGGAAGAAGAUACCAUGCUAAGGGAUAGAUUCUUAGAUGGUCUGAGGGAUAAGGACCUGGAGAGGCAGUUACGCCAAUACAUUAGAUCAGCUAGCGCGGCAAACCCCAGGAAGUUCCCAGAUGUCAGACUUGAAGCCCUUCACCUGAGUGGGGAAUGGGGCCGGGAAAAGGGUGAAGCCCGACAAAAUGCGACAAUGGUAGAGUCGGCUUUGCUUGCUGAGAUGGCUAGGUUGAGGGAGGAAACGGGUAAGACGAUGGAGUCCCUACGUAAGGAGCUUCACAGCCUAAAGUUUGAAAAUCAAAACAGCCGUAGACAGGGUUCACCCAGGGUCCAACCUAACGGUGUCCGACAAGGACAGGCUGGAUGGGACAAUCAGGGACGCCCGAUCUGCUAUUCGUGUCAGGAACCAGGACACAUACAGCGAGAGUGCCCCAAUGUAAGGAGGUGCUACGUUUGCGGGGACCCGGGGCAUAUCCAGAGGGACUGCCCUUGGGGCAGCCAGGGGUCUAGAUACAACAACGCCCGUACUAAGCCUCAGAACAACACCCGCAGGCCCCAGAAUCAGACUAACACUCAUUCCCCAAACUAGUUAGGCCCGCGGCCGAGGGACCAGGUGCGCGGGUGAAGUCAGUAGCUAGUUGUGCGUCCCAAGGUAUGAGUGUAAAUAGUGAUACAUGUAUUAGUGAUGACUUAAAGUCCGUUCUGUCUCGGACGAUCGGGAAAUGUAAUGUAGUAGACGUGGAUUUUGAAGGAGUAAACGUCCCGUGCCUGAUUGAUACGGGAUCGCAGGUUACUACCAUGACAUUUAGUUUUUUCAAAUCACAUUUCGGGGAAAGAGGGGAGAGACUUAAGGACGUUUCAAGUUGGUUGAAGUUAACAGGGGCCAACGGACUACCCAUUAAGUUUGUCGGGUAUUGCGAGCUUGAUGUGACGUUUAGGGGUCGCACGCUUCCAAAGCGUGGGGUAAUUAUUGUUGAAGAUGGAUGUGGGUCUGC